AUGGCGUCUGAAGGAGAAACACUAAGCCGGCGCUCACACGGGGCAAAUUUUCCCAGCAACUGGAACCGUCUUACGAGCAAUUUCGAGUCCGCGUUCACAUAUAGCAACUCGGUAGCUCCACCCACAAGCAAACUUACGGCGACCGGAGAAUUGACUGUGUUACUGACGGAGUCAGCGACUGCAGACCUGCCUUGCGACCUGGGUUCUCGUGAAGACAGAGCCGUGAAAGCCUGGUGGCAUCGGGGAGAUGACCCCACGGUGGCCCUUUAUACCUUGGAAGCACCCUCGGGACGCAAGGGCACCAUCAAUCUCGCGCAGGCCCAUCACAUUGUGGGACCCUCUCUGGAAGGUCGUGCCCAUUUCUCCGUCGUUCGUUCACCCGCACUGCUGUCAAUCUUGCGACUGAAGUAUGAAGACCGCGGUAUCUACGUCUGCAACGUACAGUACGAACACAGUUCGAGUCGUAGCUACGGAAUCGAGUUGAAUAUAAUCGUGCCACCUUCCGUACCUUUGAUUAUGGACGAGAAUAUGACUGAAGUACACGGAACAGUUGGACCGUACAACGAAGGAGCGCUUCUUAUUCUACACUGUCACGUUACCGGAGGCAAACCAGAGCCUCGUGUGUCAUGGCAGCAUGGAAGCGAACAUCUGCACCGUGUAUACCACCAGACGGAGGAUGGAGUGAAGAAAGCAACGCUUCAUGUGCGUACCUUACGGAGGGAGUUCCUCGGAGCUGCGUUCACGUGCGAAGCGGCCAACAACAACAUCACCCAGCCGUCUAAGGCUACCGUCGUAAUCGACAUGAACUUGAAGCCUCAGCAUGCAGUCAUACGUGGAAAGCAAGACUUCUUGUCGGCAGACUUUCCAACAGAAGUAGAGUGCGAAGCGGAAGGUUCCCUUCCAGCGGCCAUUAUAUCCUGGUGGCUAGGGAGGACUCACAUAGAUCCUUCACAAGCACACGUCCGCAUUCUGAGUGGAGGCAAUAUCACGUCAUCGCUGCUUCGUUUUGUCCCCAGAGACGUUAACAAUGGGCAGCAACUGCGUUGCCUUGCCCACAACCCCAGGAUGACUGGACAUGACAAAGUACAGGACACCUGGACGUUGCAAGUUCACUACAAACCACGCCCUCACCUCCGCUGGGGCCAUCACAUGAACUCUUCGGGGAUCAUUCAAGGCCAAGAUGUCUAUUUAGACUGUGACGUCGACGCCAAUCCAGCUUUCACGGACCUAUCGUGGCGCUUCAACGGACAAGACCUGGCCUCCUCUGAACUUCGAGCUAAUGGUGCACGGCUGUUACUUAGCAACCAGUCCUUAGCUCUGAGAGGCGUCCAGAGGCACAAUGCUGGCCAUUACUCGUGCAUGGCGACGAAUGCGGAAGGCACUGAGGAAAGCAAUAGAAUUUUCCUCAGGGUGCGACAUCUUCCAGUAUGUGCCCCAGGCCAACAGACAGUCUACUCGGCAUCUCGUCAUGAGCACAUCCGCGUUACAUGCACUGUGCUUGCGGAUCCAGCUGACAACGUCACGUUCCACUGGGCCUUCAACGGGUCUUAUGGCCGACGUCGCGACCUGUCCUCUUCUUUGCAUUCAGUGGUGCGCUCUUCUCGGGGACGCGAGGAUCACGGAGGCUUGCACAGUGCCUCGCCUUCUACCAUGAGCGUGCUUCGCUACCAACCAAGGAACAGAACAGAGUUUGGAACGCUCAGCUGCACUGCGAGGAAUGCCAUAGGGCUGAUGAUACGCCCAUGUGUCUUUCACGUCGUCCUUGCAGGGCCGCCGCAAGCGCUGAGGAGCUGCACUGUAAGUGAACAGACGGACAGCUCGUUCAGAGUGGAAUGCAGGCCCCCACCAGGACCCCCAGAAACAGACCUGCGCUUCAUGUUGGAAGUACAAGAGCAAGAAGGACAGCGGCUCGCAGCUAACUUAACUUCUCCUGUUCCUGCCUUCUGGGUGCGGGAUUUGCCUCCAGGAAUACAGUGUACUCUUCUGCUAUACGCCGUCAAUGGUCGUGGCCGUUCCGAGCCGCUACUUCUAACCACCCACACGCUCAUCAAUACUGCGGAAGGUUAUUACGAGCCAGGGAACGCCUGGGUAUUCCCUUCCAGAACAGUACUGUUCGUCCUGAUAGCGGCCAGCCUGCUGUUGCUUCUUCUGCCUUUCGCUAUUGUCCUGGCUCUCAAAUACCGAAGUAAAGCAUCGGAUGAACAAGACGAGAAGGAAAUAAAGCAAGACAAGCAUUCAUGGAUCCAGCUGUCACAAGGAGUGGAGCUUAAGCACGAACCAAGCAUAUUCCCUGAGCAGGCCUUCACUACGCAGAUGACGUCAUUUCAGUCACCAGCAUCUACAAAAACAGUUGUGUCCUCGCCUUCCUCUAUAGCUUUGGCCUCCGCAGGCCAAGACUCGUGCCCUCAGUGCGUGUGCUAGUGCUCAUUCGACAAAUUCUGCGAGCUUCCCGUCCGAUAGCGUGCGCGGGGCUGUCCAAAGUGAUGCUGUGUGGAGAUGUCUGGCAGACGUCACGUCGCCGACGUAGACCACUGCAGUGUGUGGAAAACGCACAUCCACGACACGCCUUAUCAAGACCAAUGGGAAGGUGGCUACAACGCACAUGUGCACAACACAUACAGCGUACAUGGGGUGCCAAAAUAUUACAGCCUCGAGCUUACGCGCUUUCUAAGCACCAUAUUUUCCAUUUCUGACAAUGAAACGAUUAGAUAUCCCUGUCCGACGGUCACACUUAAGGCUUCAUUUGUCAAUGUUACUAAGCUUGUCUACACUUUAAAAAAAAGAGAGAAAAGAAGAAAAGAAAUCGGAAUUUGCCGGACGGCGAGUUGCACAUCGCGUCAUCGCCGAAACAAGCGUAUUCUUUCCUGCUUUCAGCGAGCUGCCAUUGACAAAUUGCGGAGCAAUGAAACCUGCUCCUCAAAUAUCCGAUGGACCCGAUACUACAGGAUGUAUACAGCGAACGUCCUAAUGUUUGCGAACGAUCUUGCACGCCUACCUGAUGUCCCCUUGCCAUCCAGCGCUGAUGAAGAUUCAGUAUACGAGUAAGGUGACAACUCGGAUAUGCCCUGGAGGAUCGUACCACGCGUAUUGCUUGCGCUGUUUUAUGCACGAGCUACGACUAUUUCGAACUGAUGGAGGAGCACAUCCAGGAAUGGGCAGAGAGUCAUCGAAAUUCGUAAAUAAGUGCACAUACACAAGUCAAACAUCCAAAUGCCAAUAACAG